AUGAGGUGGUUGUGGCUGAUGGGGCUGGCAGUAGCCACCCAUGUCCUGAUGACAAAGGUCAUCUUGCGGCAGAGGAAGAUAAAGCAGAGAAUGCUGCAGGACAGUGGGGUGCUGGGGGAACUCCUGCUGCAGCAAGCCCUCUCCCCAGCAGUUAAGCAUCGCUGCACCACCACCAUGGAGCUCUUGGAAAACUACCUGGAUCUGAGCUACGUGACCACCAUCUCCAUCAGCACGCCAGCACAGCAGUUCUCUGUCAUCUUUGACACCGGCUCAGCCAACCUGUGGGUGCCCUCCGUGUACUGCUCCAGCCCGGCUUGUGCAAACCGCCAACGCUUCAACCUGGCUCGUUCCUCCACCUACUGCAGCACAACUAUCAGUAUGGUCACCCGGUAUGGUACUGGCAGCAUGGUUGGCGUGCUGGCCUACGACACCAUCACGGUUGGGAGCAUCCAGGUGCAGAACCAGAUGGUUGGGCUGAGCCAGUGGGAGUCUGGCUCCUUCCUCAUCCACAUGCCCUUUAAUGGCUUCCUGGGGCUGGCUUUCCCCCGCAUUGCCUCCUCCGGUGCUACUCUGCUGUUUGACAACAUGAUGAGUAAAGGUCUGGAGGCUCAGGACCUCUUCUCCAUCUACCUCACCCCUGAUGAGCGGAAUGGCAGCUUCGUGUUCUUUGGUGGCAUUGACAGUUCCCACUUCACCGGGAACCUGAGCUUGAUCCCACUGACUGCCCAAACCUACUGGCAAAUCAAGGUGGACAGAAUUGCCAUGCAUGGCCUCCCCAUCACCUGCAUCCAUGGCUGCAAGGCCAUCCUGGACAGCGGCACCUCGAUGCUGGCAGGCCCUGGUCUCAGCAUGCGCCACAUCCACUAUAAGAUGGGAGCCACACACAGCCCCACUGAUCUGCACACAGUGAGAUGCAGCUCCAUUCUGUCCGACAUUGUCUUUGUCAUUGCUGGCAUGCAAUUCCCGCUGCCAACCCAGUUCUACAUCCUCCAGGUGAGCCCCAAGCCCUAGCACACCGUACACACAGGGUGCCCACCACUCACCACAUCCCCAUCCCCUCCAGAUGGCUCCUGCAUGAGUGGCUUUGAAGCCUAUGCCCUCCCCAUGGCCACUGAUGAGCUCUGGAUCCUUGGCAACAUCUUCCUGCGUUGCUACUACAGCAUCUUCGACAGAGCCAACAGCAUGGUGGGGCUGGCACCCCGCUGCCUAAGGUACACCACAGACACAGAAUCACAGAACCAUAAAGGUUGGAAAAGACCUUUAAAACCAUCCAGUUGAACUGCUGACCCAUGCCCACUGACCACGUCCCUCAGUGCCACAUCUCCAUGGUUUUCAAACGCCUCCAGGGAUGGUGACUCCACCAAUCCCUGGGCACCCUGUGCCAAUGCAGCACCACUCUUUGAUAGGAAUUUUUUCCUAAUAUCCAGCCUGACCCUCCCUGGCACAGCUUGAGGCCAUCAUCUCUUGUCCUUUUGCUAAUUACCUCCUUUGAAAGAGUUAGCUG